ACUAUCCGUUCACCAAAAAAUACUAAAAUGUCUACUAUGGUAUCCAUAUAAAAAUGAACUAAAGCAAAAAAGUCAAACAAGUUUUUUACGCACAUAAAUUAUUUGGACAGACGAUAAGUUCUUCAAGUAAUAUUUGAAUCUUACAGCUAAAAAAUAAAAUAUAAUUUUUUUUUUGCGGCAUUCAUUCUUUAUGAUGUCUAAAAAUCCUCGGCACAAUUUUUCCCAAAGGUAUUAGUGCCCUAUGAAUUAAUAUUGACCCACUAAAUAGGCAGAGCCAUUUUCAAGGAUUCUUUCGAUGAAAUUUUGUGGUUCCGUAUCUUUUUUCCAAAUUUCUCCAAACAUGCUUCAUGGAACUUAGGUGUUGAAACUAGAGUUACAAGGGUGUCCGAUUAAUUUUUGUGCUUACUGUAUGUACAUAUUUUACAUGGUGGGACUAGCGGAUUUGACAUUUGUACAUUUGGAUAAUAAACAAUGAUAAUUUAAAUAAAUAACAUAAUAACAAAAAAAACUACCAACUCACUUAACGACAAAACUCAAAUAAAUACCAACUGAUAUAUGGGAAUAGACCUAUGUGCGUUAUGGGCGUCUCGAUGCGGAUUUAAAUUGGGAUAUGCAUCAACUUUCUUUGGGCCCUCCCGAGACUAACCUACCAAGAGCUUUUGUUAAGGGUCAUAGGUGCAGGAAUAAACAAGGCCAUCGACAACAAAAAUGACAAAACAAUAUUCAACCAAAACGGUGGGCUUGUGGGAACCCGCGCCGCGCACAAGGGUUAAUCCUACCAUAUGUUUUUUUGUUUUGUGUCUCUGUCGGGCAAUGUUUGGCGUUUUACAAAUCGGCAACGGAAUCUCGCUCUCACCGAUACUGUCCUACACCAUAGAGCCUCCUUGGAAAGCCGAUAGAUGGCGCUUCGACCCAGCCCUGGACAAUCUAUCGCUGAGGCACACAUUACUGAGCUCCUGGGGCUCCAGGCUGUGGAAAAUGGGUCAGUGGCUAUGCUUCAGAAGAUUUCGGACAAGUUCAACUCUCAUAUGCGGGAGUUGUAGACUUUGGGUACUUCUGAGCAGAUCGCAGGAUGCAUCAUCGUGCAGGUGCUUCUACGGAAACUGGAUCCAGCGAGUUAAGCAAGGAGGAAAUGAUUCCUUGAACUUGUUUAACCCUAUAAAUAGUAAAGAGAUUGAAGCCCAUGAAAACUUGUUUGGGGACUGUGGAAAACUUAGCUUUCCUUUUAUUUGCGACUCCCUGAACUCUUCGUAUUUUCAGUAUAAACCACAAAUUGCUGUACCUCUCAAUUGGCUCAACAUAUUAACUAUGCAAGGAAAACAAUUUAAAAAAAAAUGUGUCGACAGAAAACCACGGCAAGCAUAUAGUGCAAAACAGUUAGAUCGACUUGAACAUGAGUUUAAAAUUGAUAAAUACUUGAGCGUUAACAAACGUAUAGAGCUCUCUCAAACAUUAUUUUUGACGGAAGCUCAAAUAAAAACAUGGUUUCAAAAUCGUAGAACAAAGUGGAAGAAACAACUAACAUCACGCCUAAAACCUUUGAAAAGUCCAGGACUAUGCGAUAUUACCAUUAAUAUCCCCUAUGAUAAAACACUAGUACCUCAUUCAUCAUAUGAACAAGCUACUAGUAUUUAUACUGCACGUCACAUUUGCCUUAUUAAAUCUGAAUUAAACUCUUAUGGUAAUAAAAAUAAAUAA